AUGGCACUUCGGGGGUCCAUAAUUGCAAUGUGCCUUGGGCUGGUGGACACAGGACAGCUGGAGUACAACUACUGCACCCUGGUCUAUAACAUCCACACCAGAUCAAGCUGUAAGCAGAGCAAAAAGUACAAAGCAACAAAGCAGCUGGGCAUCUGCUGUGGGAAGGGCACCCAGAGAAAUAUCUACCGCUACACUCCCAACUGUUUGCGUGUGAAUAAAUUCUCCAAGCACGAGCAAGCAGCAAAGCGUCCCAAGUGGCCUUACCAUAACAUCCUGGACCAUCUAUUGGAUCCUGCAAGGUAUAGAAACACAUACAAACGUACACCUCUUCCACCUCUGAAGGAAGCAGCUGGUGCAACCUUCAAAGGACAGUCCCCAGCUGGGAAAGUAACAGCUGCAGUGAUGGCUGCCAUUGACGCUGGGUACCGCCACUUUGACUGUGCCUAUGUGUACCAGAAUGAAAAUGAAGUUGGGGAUGGGAUCCAGCAGAAAAUCAAGGAAGGUGUUGUGAAACGAGAGGACCUCUUCAUUGUCAGUAAGCUGUGGUGCACGUUUUAUGAAAAGCCUCUGGUGAAGGGAGCCUGCCAGAAGACUCUUGCUGACCUGAAACUGGAUUACCUGGACCUCUACCUCAUGCACUGGCCUCUUGGGUUCAAGGCAGGAGAGGAGCUGUUUCCCACAGAUGACAAAGGCAUGUCAAUACCCAGCAACACAGAUAUUCUACAUACAUGGGAGGCCAUGGAAGAACUGGUGGAUGCUGGUCUGGUAAAAGCCAUUGGAAUCUCAAACUUUAAUCAUGAGCAGAUUGAAAGAAGCUUAAACAAGCCAGGACUGAAGCACAAGCCUGCAAAUAACCAGAUCGAAUGUAAUCCAUACCUUACCCAGGAGAAGCUGAUCAAGUACUGUCAAUCCAAAGGGAUUGCUGUGACAGCGUACAGUCCGCUUGGCUCUCCUGACAGGCCAUGGGCUAAGCCAGAGGAUCCUUCCCUUCUGGAUGACCCCAAGAUCAAAGAGAUCGCAGCCAAGCACAACAAAACCCCAGCACAGGUUCUCCUUCGCUUCCAGAUCCAGAGAAAUGUGAUUGUGAUUCCCAAGUCUGUCACACCACAGCGCAUUGUGGAGAACUUCAAGGUGUUUGACUUUGAAUUGACAAAAGAGGAGAUGGCAACUAUUUCCAGCUUUAACAGAAACUGGAGAGCAUAUACAAUGAGCACGUGCAAAACUCACAAGGAGUACCCUUUCAAUGCAGAAUACUGA